AAGUGCUGGGAUUACAGGCGUGAGCCACCGCGCCCGGCCAGGCGGAAAUAGUCUUAUAAACAACACUCAUUUCACUGAGGUCUCAUAGUAAUCCACAGGGCUGGAAGUAGAACGUAGGCCUCCUAGCCUCUGGGCACACCUGGCUCCCUGCAGCCCCCACUCCUCAGACCCCUUCCCCCAGCAGCAGCUGCUGAGCACUCCUUAAGUGGAUCUGCCAUAAUCCUCUUCCCUUCAUCCCCCAGGGAGGAUGAGCUGGUGUUAAGACUAAUACAGCCAUUAAUCCUGUUUCCUCCCAACCAUGAUCCCCAGGAGCAGCUGGGUGGAGGGCGUCUGGGUUCUGGACCAGAAAGUAGGGAUCUCAGCUAGAGCUGGUAUCCCAGGAGGCCAUGUUAGAUCAGAUACAUCAGUUAUGACUCAGAAAGAGGCUUCUAGCUGCUAGUAAUGGCUCAGGCUGCCUUGAGUGAUUCUCCAUUACCAGAGUUGUGGGAACAGGCCAACAAGAUUCCAGAGCAGAGAGUGGACAGAUUCCAGUCUGGGGCGGAGGCCCGUACAGCUGUGCAAGGCCAGAAUUCUGUGUGAACAAGUUGCUGUCUCUGAGGACUAGCCAUCCAGAGGAGGAAAGAAAACACAAAUGCUGGGGACCUGUCACUUCCAGACAGUGCCAGCUACCAGAUUUAGCCCAUUGGCUCAGCCCUUUUCUGGUCCCAGGUCUGUCUUUUCUGGGCGCUUGGAGACCUUCAGGCCAGGCCCACGUCUGGGUACACUCUUUAUCCUGGCAUAGUUCUUGGACACUGAGCUGAAGAAGGAAGAUGGUGAGACAGAUGGAACCUGGGCCUCUGGGAAUGCCACAGUGUUUGGAAAAGCCCAUUGAGGAGGGGGAGGGAAGUGUAGGUGAAUCUUUUGUGACCCCCAGCCUCCUUUCCUAGUGGCUCUGCGGACACUUGGUCCAACUCCUUUCUUCAAUGAGCAGAUCAGGGAGGAAACGAACGCAGGGCGUCAGAGCCAGGAAUGCUGGGCAGGAAGGAUGUGUGGGUUCCGAGAGAAACCCCAUUCACCAAGGCCAUGGAAGUGGAGGCUGCAGAGGCCCGGUCCCCAGCCCCCGGCUACAAGCGCUCGGGCCGCCGCUACAAGUGCCUGUCCUGUACCAAGACAUUUCCAAACGCGCCCAGGGCAGCGCGCCACGCUGCCACACAUGGGCCGGCAGACUGCUCUGAAGAGGUGGCCGAGGUGAAGCCAAAGCCAGAGACAGAAGCUAAGGCAGAGGAAGCCAGUGGGGAGAAGGUGUCAGGCUCCGCGGCCAAGCCUAGGCCCUAUGCGUGUCCUUUAUGCCCCAAAGCCUACAAGACGGCACCCGAGCUGCGCAGCCACGGGCGCAGCCACACGGGAGAGAAGCCCUUUCCAUGCCCCGAGUGCGGCCGCCGCUUCAUGCAGCCCGUGUGCCUGCGCGUGCACCUGGCCUCGCACGCUGGCGAACUGCCCUUCCGCUGUGCGCACUGCCCCAAGGCCUAUGGCGCGCUCUCCAAGCUCAAGAUCCACCAGCGUGGCCACACAGGCGAGCGGCCUUACGCCUGCGCCGACUGCGGCAAGAGCUUUGCUGACCCUUCAGUGUUCCGCAAGCACCGGCGUACUCACGCUGGCCUGCGGCCCUACAGCUGCGAGCGUUGCGGCAAAGCCUAUGCGGAGCUAAAGGACCUCCGCAACCAUGAGCGGUCCCACACCGGCGAGCGCCCCUUCCUCUGCUCCGAGUGCGGGAAGAGCUUCUCCCGCUCAUCCUCGCUCACGUGCCACCAGCGCAUCCACGCGGCACAGAAGCCCUACCGCUGCCCUGCCUGCGGCAAGGGCUUCACGCAGCUCAGUUCCUACCAGAGCCACGAGCGCACGCACUCGGGGGAGAAGCCCUUCCUGUGCCCGCGCUGCGGCCGCAUGUUCUCCGACCCCUCGAGCUUCCGUCGCCACCAGCGCGCGCAUGAAGGGGUGAAGCCAUACCACUGCGAGAAGUGCGGCAAGGACUUCCGGCAGCCGGCGGACCUGGCCAUGCACCGGCGUGUGCACACGGGCGACCGGCCGUUCAAGUGCCUGCAGUGUGACAAGACGUUCGUGGCGUCCUGGGACCUCAAGCGGCACGCGCUGGUGCACUCUGGCCAGCGGCCCUUCCGCUGUGAGGAGUGCGGGCGAGCCUUCGCCGAGCGUGCCAGCCUCACGAAGCACAGCCGGGUGCACUCGGGGGAGCGCCCCUUCCACUGUAACGCGUGUGGGAAAUCCUUUGUGGUGUCGUCGAGCCUGAGGAAGCACGAGCGGACCCAUCGAAGCAGUGAGGCCGCGGGGGUGCCCCCUGCACAGGAGCUGGUGGUGGGGUUGGCGCUGCCUGUGGGCGUGGCAGGUGAGAGUUCAGCCGCCCCGGCAGCAGGGGCGGGGCUAGGGGACCCUCCAGCAGGGCUGCUAGGGCUGCCCCCGGAGUCAGGUGGUGUGAUGGCCACACAGUGGCAGGUGGUGGGCAUGACGGUGGAGCAUGUGGAAUGCCAAGAUGCUGGUGUCCGGGAGGCUCCUGGUCCCUUGGAAGGGGCAGGCGAGGCGGGGGGUGAGGAGGCUGACGAGAAGCCCCCCCAGUUUGUGUGCCGAGAGUGCAAGGAGACCUUCUCCACAAUGACGCUGCUGCGUCGGCACGAGCGCUCACACCCGGAGCUCCGGCCCUUCCCCUGCACCCAGUGCGGCAAGAGCUUCUCUGACCGGGCUGGGCUGCGCAAACACAGCCGCACUCACAGCUCAGUGCGCCCCUACACCUGCCCCCAUUGUCCCAAGGCCUUCUUGAGUGCCAGCGACUUGCGCAAGCAUGAACGCACCCACCCUGUGCCCAUGGGGACCCCCACACCCCUGGAGCCCCUGGUGGCUUUGCUAGGAAUGCCUGAAGAGGGGCCGGCCUGAAGCCUAUGACCCCCCAGCACCACACUCCGGGAGCCCAGCCCCCAUCGGGGGCUUCCUGUACCUCCUUUUGCCUGGCUCUGCUCUUUAGACUCCAGAUCCCUACCCCUCAGCAACUAGCUCACCUGUCGCCCAGCUAAGAGAGCUGGGACAGUGGAGGCUGGCAGAAGCUGAGACGUGACUGUCUAGGAGUAACACUCAUUAAAGCUUCCAUUUUGGCACCA